CCGAUCGCCACCUCCUCGUGCGGUUUAGCGGCUUCGGGCUCUUUCUGCUCCAGGGCUUCUACCGCCACACACUGCGGGGGGUGGGAGCCGCCGCUGGGAUGGGAGACAGGAAGUGAACGUCACCGACACGGGAAUGGGACUGAAAAAAAGACAACAGCAGCAUCACGAUGAGGAGAAAGUCCAAUCCAUCCGUGUAGGAGAAGAAACCGUCGCCUCCGCGCAGGAAGACGAUGAACCGCUGCGUCCGAGCUGGAAGUGAGGCAUCGGGAAGGGCACUGGUGUGUUGCUAAAUGGAGUCAGAGCAGCUGUACCACAGAGGCUACUGCAGGAACAGCUACAACAGCAUCGCCAGCGCCAGCAGCGACGAGGAGCUGCUGGAUGGAGCCGGCGUCAUCAUGGACUUCCACACCACUGAGGAUGACAACCUGCUGGAUGGGGACGCUGCCUCCCCAGGGUCUAACUACGCCAUGUCUAACGGGGGCGGCGCCGCCAGCAGCUCCACUCACCUCUUGGACUUCCUAGAGGAGCCCAUCCCCGGUGUUGGGACCUACGACGACUUCCAUACCAUCGACUGGGUACGAGAGAAAUGCAAGGACCGCGAGAGACACAGAAAGAUCAACAGUAAGAAAAAGGAGUCGGCAUGGGAGUUCACCAAGAGCCUGUACGACGCCUGGUCUGGGUGGCUGGUGGUGACGCUCACCGGCCUGGCCUCGGGUGCUUUGGCUGGCCUGAUUGACAUUGCCGCUGACUGGAUGAACGACGUAAAGGAGGGAGUUUGUCUGAGUGCCAUGUGGUACAACCACGAGCAGUGCUGCUGGACGUCCAAUGAGACCACGUUCGCUGAGCGGGACAAGUGCCCUCAGUGGAAGAGCUGGGCCGAGCUCAUACUUGGGCAGGCUGAGGGUCCUGGCUCAUACAUCAUGAACUACUUCAUGUAUAUUUACUGGGCCCUGUCCUUCGCCUUCCUCGCUGUGUGUCUGGUCAAGGUGUUUGCACCCUACGCCUGCGGCUCGGGGAUCCCUGAGAUCAAGACCAUCCUGAGUGGGUUCAUCAUCCGGGGCUACCUGGGCAAAUGGACCCUGAUGAUCAAGACCAUCACGCUGGUGCUGGCUGUAGCGUCUGGCCUCAGCCUGGGGAAGGAGGGCCCCCUGGUCCAUGUGGCCUGCUGCUGCGGGAACAUCUUCUCCUAUCUCUUCCCAAAGUACAGCAAGAACGAGGCCAAGAAGCGAGAGGUUCUCUCUGCUGCGUCUGCUGCUGGGGUGUCUGUGGCUUUUGGAGCGCCGAUAGGAGGAGUUCUCUUCAGCCUGGAGGAGGUGAGUUACUACUUCCCCCUCAAGACGCUGUGGCGCUCGUUCUUCGCCGCCCUGGUGGCGGCCUUCGUCCUGCGCUCCAUCAACCCCUUUGGUAACAGCCGCCUGGUGCUGUUCUACGUGGAGUAUCACACGCCGUGGUACCUGUUUGAGCUGAUCCCUUUCAUCCUUCUGGGAGUGUUCGGGGGCCUGUGGGGCGCCUUCUUCAUCCGAGCCAACAUCGCCUGGUGCCGUCGGCGCAAGUCCACUCGUUUUGGUAAGUACCCUGUGUUGGAAGUGAUCCUGGUAGCAGCCAUCACAGCGGUCGUUGCCUUCCCGAACCCAUACACACGUCAGAACACCAGUGAGCUGAUCAAGGAGCUGUUUACCGACUGUGGCCCGUUGGAGUCGUCACAGCUGUGCCAGUACCGCAGCCACAUGAACGGAAGUAAGGCCUUCACCGACAACCCCAACCGGCCGGCGGGGCCUGGCGUCUACGCCGCCAUGUGGCAGCUCUGCCUGGCUCUCAUCUUUAAAAUCAUAAUGACCAUAUUCACGUUUGGACUCAAGGUGCCGUCGGGACUGUUCAUCCCCAGCAUGGCCAUCGGGGCGAUCGCAGGCCGAAUCGUUGGCAUUGCCGUGGAGCAGCUGGCGUAUUAUCACCACGACUGGUUUCUGUUCAAAGAGUGGUGUGAGGUCGGAGCCGACUGCAUCACCCCAGGGCUCUACGCCAUGGUGGGGGCCGCGGCCUGUCUGGGGGGUGUGACCCGUAUGACGGUCUCCCUGGUUGUCAUCGUCUUCGAGCUGACGGGGGGGUUGGAGUACAUCGUCCCCCUCAUGGCUGCUGUCAUGACCAGCAAGUGGGUGGGCGACGCCUUUGGGCGCGAGGGAAUCUACGAGGCCCACAUCCGCCUGAACGGAUACCCCUUCCUGGAUGCCAAGGAAGAAUUUACACACACCACGCUGGCCAGGGAGGUGAUGAGGCCACGACGCAGCGACCCGCCGCUGGCGGUGCUGACGCAGGACGACCUGACGGUGGAGGAGCUGCAGGGUGUCAUCAAUGAAACCAGUUAUAAUGGUUUCCCCGUAAUAGUGUCUAAGGAGUCCCAGAGGCUGGUGGGCUUCGCUCUGCGGAGGGACAUCACUAUCGCUAUAGAAAAUGCUCGUCGUAAGCAGGAGGGCAUCAUGUUGAACUCCAGGGUGUACUUCACCCAGCAUGCACCCACCCUGCCAGCCGACAGCCCACGGCCCCUCAAGCUACGCUCCAUCCUCGACAUGAGCCCCUUCACCGUCACCGACCACACCCCCAUGGAGAUAGUGGUGGACAUCUUCAGAAAGCUGGGGCUGCGCCAGUGUCUGGUCACUCACAACGGGAUUGUGUUGGGCAUCAUCACAAAGAAGAAUAUAUUAGAGCAUCUGGAGGAGCUCAAGCAGCGCACGCCGUCCCUGGCGGCUUCUUGGUAUUAUCACAAAAAAAGAUAUCCUUCGUCACAUGGCUCAAAUGGCAAACCAAGAUCCCGAGUCCAUCAUGUUCAACUGAUCCGCUCCUUCCAAGACGGCCGGGGGGGAGAUGACAGCGAGGAGGAGGAGGAGGAGGUGUGUCUACUGAAUGGCUCCGACCUCUGACACAAGGAGCUUUUGUUUUUCUUUUAGUUUUCAGCUUUGUAGACCCUGAACCUCACAUUGUGGCCGUGAGACACAAGAGACUAAAAGACUUCCUCGUCAUUCUGGCUGCGGAGGACACCAAGAGGUCACGGGUGAAUGGCACACUCACGAGGAAAUGCACUUUUUUUUUUUUACACAUUUACACAAACAAAGACGUACAUCUUAAGCAUGCAUGCUCUCACGCACGCGCAGGCAGACACAUACGCACACACGCAGACACACACGCAGCUCCCCCGACCUGUACAGGAACGCCCAUUUACACUCUUCAUGUGCCUCAGCCCGUCUCCGCUGAGCUCGUAGUGGACGGCGCCUGGCAGGGGUCAGAAGGUCAGAAUGAAACGCUGAUGUGGGACGCGAUGAGGGACCUUGAGACCCCCAGACCUCGGUAAAAAAGACUAAACAAAUCACACAAAUAAAUGAUUAGUUUAAUCACCUCAGCACCCGUCCGUCCUCCAGAAAAUACAGGUUUACCUGUAUGUGUGUGUCCUCAGCACCGCUCCAUUUCAGCCUAGUUAGCAUGGGAGCAGAGGGGAUGCUCAGUCUAAAUCAGAUGAUUUUAGUGUGUGUGUGUGUGUGUGUGUGCGUGCCAGAGGAUGACAGGCAGAUGGGUGGAUGAGAUAUUCUUUUUUUCAAGAACAAAAGUGUUUCAAUGGAAAAAGGUAAAGGAGCGAGGGUGUAAUUUCAUUUCUGAGCCAUAUCAAAGUGUGUGUGUGUGUGCGUGUCAUCCAUUCAUCAGUGUGACGGCAGGUUGAGUUGUGUUGUCCUGUUACAUGAAACCUCUCGCUCUACUCUUUUGAUCUCAGAAUUGCUUAUAAUCUGCAAAUCAGCACAGAUUUAAGUGAACUUGUUGCUGAUGCUUCGUGGUCACGUCCAUAAUUAAUUUUUGUGUUGUAUGUCGUUCUUUUGUAAAGGCAAAUAAAUCCUACUGUUCAACACCCGCCCCUCUGUGGAAGCAUCAGCUUCAUCAGUGAGAUAAAAAGUCAGUCUAUAUUUACAUAGAGGAUUAAUAUUAGUGAGGCCAAACCCAUAAAAACCCAAUUUAUUCCUCUGCAGAUUAAAUGAAAAUUUUUAAAAUCUAGAAAAUUACUAUAUAGGAAAAUACUAGUUCAACUAACACCAACACAACUAAAAACUGCAAAGAGGCUGAGACACAAAUCCUCACAUUUAUUACUCAAGCUGCACAGUAAUUAAAUGGCUCAGAUUAAAUAAAUACAGCCCUUUGAGUCAGAACCUAAACCUGAUGUUUCCACCUUUUAAGCAGGUGGAGACAAAUGUAGUGGUGAAUUGGAGGAGAAAAAUAAUGGUUAUUACUUUAGGUUUUCAGCUUUUCAGUUCUGUGGCUGUGCUGAGUGGACCCUAAUGAGGAGUGGUUUACAUGUGUUUAAACUUUGAAGUCGAGCUGAUCACCUCAUCCGUCUUCAUAUCUAUCAGUUUGGUUCUUUGUUUGUGGAGAAGGUCAAACAGUAGCGCCUCACCUGGUGUGUGUGUGUGUGUGUGUGUGUGUGUGUGUGUGCGCGCGAGUGUGUGUGUCCUGCUGACUGAGCAGAGCGUUGUCUUUGUUAACCAGUGGUGUUGCCUAACAUUGUAUUUCAGACUGAUCUUGAUGUUUCCCCCUUUUUUUAAGUUAUGGGUAGUGUCCAUAGAGAUGUGUAAUAUUACAAAGAAGUUUAUGUAUGAUUACGUUGUUUGAUUGUACAUUUAAAAGAAAAUAUGUAAAGAUUAAACUUUGUUUUAAAUUAAAAAGAAAAAAAUGAUUCAAGUUGAAAAAAGGUAGACAUUGA